GUGCGCAAUGGCCACAUCAAGCGAAUCACCGACAAUGACAUUCAGUCACUGGUGCUGGAGAUUGAAGGAACUAAUGUCAGUACCACGUACAUCACAUGCCCUGCUGACCCAAAGAAGACCCUGGGCAUCAAACUACCUUUCCUAGUGAUGAUCAUCAAGAACCUGAAGAAAUACUUCACUUUCGAAGUGCAGGUGCUGGAUGAUAAGAACGUACGCCGGCGUUUCCGGGCAAGUAACUAUCAGAGCACGACUCGGGUGAAGCCCUUCAUCUGCACCAUGCCCAUGCGGCUGGAUGAUGGCUGGAACCAAAUCCAGUUCAACUUGUCAGACUUCACGCGCCGGGCUUACGGGACAAAUUACAUCGAGACCCUGAGAGUUCAGAUCCACGCCAACUGUCGCAUCCGACGAGUGUACUUCUCUGACCGGCUCUACUCAGAGGAUGAGCUCCCAGCUGAGUUCAAGCUCUAUCUGCCUGUCCAGAACAAAGCCAAGCAAUAACACCACGUUGGGAAGAGAUAUGAGAAAUGGCGGGGUCAAUAGGAAAACAAAAGCAGAUGGAAGAGAAGGCCCUGCUGAGACCAAGUUUUAGAUCAGUUCACUUUGCCUAGGGUAACUUCGAUUCAUCUGGUAUCCCUCUUCUAGACAGGACACAAUUAACCAUGUAACAGGUCUGGGACUAUGUUGUUGGUGCACAAGUUGUACAGAAUCAGAGUUUUCCUAGCUGUUCCUAAAGUGCUGAGCCUGAACACUGCAAGUGGCCGGGUACCUGAUCUUGUGUUGCACAGAGGGGUUGCUCAAAGUGGCUGUUGUGCCUCCAAAGAGGGGAUUCAGUGGGAAUUAUAGGGUUAAGUGUGCCCUCUUGAAGAUACCGAUUUUAUUUUUUCUUUCCUGGUUUUCCAUCUCUUAUUUUGUAUAUGCUCUAAACACGGAUGUAAUACUUGCUCUUGGAAAGUUAUUAAACAUUUGACUCUGUAA